CUAGGCCAGGUCUGCUACUACCGAACGACGACAAAGCCUAACAACAACUCACUUUCACUGGGCUCAUUGGGCUUACCGGAUUGGCAUCUAUUGACCCAGACUGGCAUCACCGAUGCAGUUCGUACACGUGGCCUAGCUACUAUCGGCGGCAAGGGGGAGGUCUUGAAGAUGGCUUCUGAAUAUCUCGAAACAAUACAUACGUGGUUUCCAGUUAUACAACCGACUCGUUACUAUCAACAGAUGGCAGUUGUCUGGAGCCAGCCCAGACCAGAUCUUGGCCUACAGGCCCUUGCGACCUUUCUUCUUACCUGCACACCUGAGAAUGAAAAGCUAACAAGUCAGACUUUGUCCCUGUAUACGUUUGUGAAAAGUAUAAUAGGGGCGCUUGAAUCAACAGGGGUGAACACAUUGGAAUUGAUUCAUGUCCGAUUACUUCUGGCAAUUUUUGAAGCUGGGCAUGGCAUAAUCCACGCGGCGUAUAUCUCAAUUGGCGCGACUAUUAGAGCCGCAGCGGCUCUUGGUUUUGACAAUAUCCAUACCAAUCAGGCAGUGUUGGAAUGCCUGGAUCCUCCCAUUAAUGUAGAAGAUGCCAAACAGACUUGGCGGGGGAUUAUGUGCAUAGACAACACAUCUAUAACAUUGUUCGUGUUCUGGGCAAAUUUACAACGACCAAACAAUGAUUCAUGUGUCUUUUCAGCAGAGGCUUUCUUAGCUAGUGCAGUUGAGGAUAUCCUGGACCAUUUUCAGCACUUGGAAUACAAGCAUUCGGCAGUGGCCCUUGACUCGCUUCCGAUAUUUGUAUCCCAGUCAAUCUUUAAAGCAGCUGUGGUCCUGACUCAUGAGCUGAAGUAUACUUCCCGGCUUGAUGUACGCAAGUCUCUCAUGUCUUGUAAGGUGAUGUUAAAACGUAUUUCUAAGAGAUGGCUCGUUGGGAAACAAUAUCUUGAAUAUCUUGAAACGGAUCAAUGA